GCGAGAGGAGAUGGCCCAUUGCUUCCGGUAACUGUGGAGCCGCCAGUCCCAGGCCUCAGCGCUAGCCUUGGCGCAUGUGCAGUAGGCAGCCACGGGAGCUUGCCUCUUCCGGCCGAAUAUCACGAUGCAAGGGGAAGCAAGCCCUAGUAAUUCCCUUAUUGACAGAACCAUCAGGAUGAGAAAAGAAACAGAAGCUAGGAAAGUGGUUUUAGCCUGGGGCCUCCUAAAUGUAUCUAUGGCCGGAAUGAUAUAUACUGAAAUGACUGGAAAAUUGAUUAGUUCAUAUUAUAAUGUGACAUACUGGCCCCUUUGGUAUAUUGAGCUUGCUCUUGCAUCUCUCUUCAGCCUUAAUGCCUUGUUUGAUUUUUGGAGAUAUUUCAAAUAUACUGUGGCACCAACAAGUCUUAUUGUUAGCCCUGGACAACAAACACUUUUAGGGUUGAAAACAACUGUUGUACAGACUACUCCUCCACGUGAUCUAACAGCCAACCAGAUCCCUCCCUCUCCACUUUCUCCUUCAAUUCAGGGGCAGAGUGUGUUGAGCUACAGUCCAUCUCGCUCGCCCAGUGCCAGUCCCAAGUUCACCACCAGCUGUAUAACUGGAUACAGCCCUCAACUACAAAGCAUAUCCUCAGGUAGCAGUAGUUCGUACAGCCCUGGAGUGACCUAUUCACCGGUCAGUGGUUAUAAUAAGUUGGCAAGCUUUAGCUCCUCUCCUCCUUCUCCAUACCCUACCACGGUUGGCCCAGUGGAGAGCAGUGGAUUGAGAUCCCGCUACCGUUCUUCCCCCAGUGUCUAUAACUCACCUACUGAUAAGGAGGAUUACAUGACGGACCUGCGCACUCUGGACACUUUCCUCAGAAGUGAAGAAGAGAAACAGCACAGAGUUAAUCUAGGAAGCCCAGAUUCUACCUCUCCUUCCAAUAGCCCUACUUUUUGGAACUACAAUCGUUCUAUGGGAGAUUAUGCACAGACUUUAAAGAAGUUUCAGUAUCAGCUUGCCUGUAGGUCUCAGGCCCCCUCUGCUAACAAAGAUGAAGCUGAUCUCAGUUCUAAGCAAGCUGCAGAAGAGGUUUGGGCAAGAGUGACGAUGAAUAGACAACUUCUUGAUCAUAUGGAUUCAUGGACAGCUAAGUUUAGAAAUUGGAUCAAUGAGACAAUAUUAGUGCCACUUGUACAAGAGACUGAGUCCGUCAGCACCCAGAUGAGACGAAUGGGUUGUCCAGAGCUGCAGAUAGGAGAGGCUAGUAUUACUAGCUUGAAACAGGCUGCCCUGGUCAAAGCACCUCUCAUUCCGACUCUGAAUGCAAUUGUGCAGUAUCUAGACCUCACACCAAAUCAAGAGUACUUGUUUGAACGGAUCAAAGAACUUUCUCAGGGAGGCUGCAUGAGCUCAUUUCGAUGGAACAGAGGUGGAGACUUCAAAGGACGGAAGUGGGAUACUGACCUGCCCACUGAUUCUGCUAUAAUUAUGCAUGUGUUUUGUACCUACCUCGAUUCCAGAUUACCUCCACACCCUAAGUAUCCUGAUGGAAAAACAUUUACAUCUCAGCAUUUUGUUCAGACACCAAAUAAGCCAGAUGUUACAAAUGAGAAUGUUUUCUGCAUUUAUCAGAGUGCUAUCAACCCCCCACAUUAUGAACUCAUCUACCAGCGCCAUGUGUACAAUCUUCCAAAGGGCAGAAAUAAUAUGUUUCAUACAUUAUUAAUGUUCCUCUACAUCAUAAAGACAAAAGAGUCAGGAAUGCUUGGGAGAGUUAAUCUUGGUCUAUCUGGUGUGAAUAUUUUAUGGAUUUUUGGCGAAUAGUGAUCAUUUCAUUCCAAACACUUGAAGUUUUAUUGAAGCGGAAGAAGUUGAACCUAAGGAUCUCUUAGCCACUGCCCCUUCUGAAAUAAGCAGCAUAUGUGUGUGAGAUUUGAUAAAAAAAAAUUAGCUAGUAUAACAUUUUCUUGUGAAAAUAUGUCCUAUGUCUUCCAUUCCAAACAGUAUUUCUGUUUGGACAUGUUAGUUGAUACAAAAAUCACAAAGGUCUGGACUUAUUUAAAAAAUGCAAAUGUUGCAGGACCGCUUAGUUAAAUAAAUGGAGUACCUGUUUUUCAUUAUAACCCCCAAAUAAGCAUUAUCCAUCUGAUUCUUCUACUCACAAAUGGUUUUUAGUCAUGUUAUUUAGUAGUAUAAAUACUUAAAAUGAAAGAAACUGUGCUGAUUUUAUCUCUGUAAUCCCCCAGGGUUCUAUAGAUCAGUCUAGACCCUGUAUUCAAAGAAAUGAAAUCAGUUUCUAAAUAAUGUAUUCAUUACUCCAGGUAUAUAUUUUAAAGAUUAUUGAAAGAGGCUUGAUAGUAUUAGCAUUUUAAAAUGUCAACGCUUGAAUUAAAUUGAGUUGGCAGAAUUAACCGAGUUUUAGUUAAGAGUGUGUGGACGUCAAGAACACUGCCCCACCUUUGGUUUUAGCAGCUCUGCUUCACUGUUCUGUAAUAUUGUGUUAUUUUUAGGGUUCUCUUUAUGAUGCUAUUGAUGUCCUCUCCAUUUAAAAGUUUUCAGACACAGUAUUUUCAAAAUACUUGAGAGUGAAAAGAUACCAAGCUAUGAGAAGCAGCAGUUGCAUUGCCUGUAUUUUAUGGAUGAAAUGUUACAGAGAUUGCUUCAUCACAUUCAUAUAAAUUUGGAAAUGGCUAAACCUCGUGUCUUUUCAAGUACUGUAUAUGCAUUCCUUUUGUAUAGUUUGUAAAUUUUUCAAAUUUUCAAAAAGUUCUUGUAUUUUAAAAGUUGAUGUCAAAAAGAAGGCUUUUAAUUGCUUUUGCAAUGUUAAAACUGUUUGCUGUGACAGUGUUUUAAAAGCGUAUUGCUGAAGUAGGCUAAAUAUAGGGUCAUAUUAACAAUGCCUGUAGGGGCUGGGGAUUUAGCUCAGCAGCAUAAGCGCCUGCUUGUAACCGUGUGGUCGUGAGUUCGAUCCCUGGUACCAAUAAAAAUACAAAAAAAAAAAAAAAUGGCUGCUAAA